CGAUCUUUACACUACACUGCGUAUGCCUACGAGUGAGCAGCAAAAGCAACUCAAACCCUCAAUUCAGCAUGAUACCUGCGUUGUCUUAUGAUUAUAAUGCACUGGUGAUCGCUCGUUGUCACGUUUGGCGUGCGUGCACAGUACCUGUCGAUCCCACGUCAUUUGCGGCGGUGCACAUCGAGUCUUACAAGACAUCUCACCGUACCUAGAGAGUGUAAUUGUUGUCGCGGUAUUAGUGUAUGAUACAUGGAUCGCCAAAGAAUAUCACGCGAAUCCAGGUAGCCUACUCUAUCGCAAGUGGAAGCGCCUGAACUGUUGCUUGACCUAACAGGCCCAAUCCCGACGAUACGCCGUCCCAAGAUGAUCUCCGAUCUUCCCAGAUUCCUCGCAUCCUCGUAUUCCCACAACACUCAAUCGCAAAGGAACCUCACGCCUACCCAACCUACCCACACACGACCAAGACACCUCCCAUAUCGCCACGAUGAGCGACUCCAAAUCCCCUAGACCCGUCUCCGUCCUGUUUGUCUGCCUAGGAAACAUCUGCCGUUCAACAAUGGCUGAAGGCGUCUUCCAGUCUCUUACCGCACCCUCGCACCCUUUGAUCUCAACAAUCGACUCUUGCGGCACGGGCGCCUACCAUGUCGGUUCCAGCCCCGACUCACGCACCAUGGCUACCCUCAAAGCGAACAAGAUAACCACCUACCGCCACUCGGCACGAAAGUUCUCUCCUAGCAGCGAUUUCGAAAAGUUCGAUUACAUACUCGCAAUGGACGAUGAGAAUCUAGAAGAUUUAGAGGCAUUGAGGCAGAGGGAGCUUAAGAAGAAGGGCGGAAGCGACGAGGGCAUUGGGAGGGUUAUGCUGUUUGGAGAGUUUGGGGGGGAAAUGAGGAAGGGGAGGCGUGGAGAGAGGGGCGAGGAGAUUGUGGACCCGUACUAUGGAGGAGAUGAUGGGUUCAAGACUGCGUACGAGCAGUGCAUGAAGUUUGGCAAGGUGUUCUUGGAGAGGCUUGAGAAAGGAGAGCUGAGCUGAAAGGAGGCGAAUGGAUGGUAGAAUAUUAUUUCAAGUGUGGAGUGGUUGUGCGCUUAGAUACCCCAUAGACUGCCCUAGGCUACAAUGCAUGUACAAUUCCAGUUGGACUCU